GUUGUAAAUUGACGUAUAUAAUAAGCUCGCUACUUUUCUUUUUGUUUGAAUCUUGGCAAAAAAAGAAAAGACACCAAACGCGAGGCGGUUCGGAAGCUCUGUCCUUUGCCAUUAUUCCCGUAUCGGUGUCCCAGUUUUUAUCUAAAGGACAAUCCAGACUGACACCCAUCCGCUGAACGAGUUAAACUAUGCAUAUUGUGGCUGGCACACCGAAGCAACUGAAAGUGAAAUAGCUAGCUAACUUAGCUGCGGUGAUGGAGGAGUUGAGCGCAGAUGAGAUUCGCAGACGGCGACUGGCACGACUGGCAGGAGGACAGACAUCACAGCCCAGCACCCCUCUUAGCACACCCCUCACGUCCCCACAGAGAGAGACUCCACCUGGACCCCUCCCUGGACCCUCAGGUGUUUCACUCCAACCUGUACCUUCUGCUUCUCAAUCAUUGGGGCUCAAUGUCCACAUUGGUACCCCUGCCACUUCCCCUAUGGGCACCUCCGGGGUGGCAUAUGGAAGUCAGAGCAGUGAAGGCGUGAGCUCCCUCUCCAGCUCCCCGUCCAACAGCCUCGAGACACAGUCCCAGAAUUUGUCUCGAUCACAGAGCAUGGACAUUGACCCUUCCUCUUGUGAAAAGAGCAUGUCCCAGGUGGAUGUAGACUCAGGGAUUGAGAACAUGGAGGUGGAAGAGAGUGACCGCAGAGAGAAAAGAAACUUGACUGAAAAGGAAUCCUCUGCAAACUCUGAUGUCUCAGAAGAGCAGGCUCUGCAUCUUAUUUGUAAGAUCCUCCGCGUAUCGUGGAAGGAGCAGGACAGAGAUGUUAUCUUCCUCCCGUCGCUGGCUGUAGGGUUUCAGCAGAGCCCUAAAGAUGUGUACUCUGACUUUAAAGACCUCAUCAGCCAGAUUCUAUUGGAAGUCCUAAUGAUGUCAUCCCAGUCAAAUAUCCACAACCCUUUCGCCAGCUUAACCGCCACGUCACAGCCAAUUGCAGCAGCGAAAUCCCCUGAUCAUCGUCUGAYGCUGGUGCAACCCCCUAACCAAGCUGACAGUCCCAUGGGUCCCAGUGCUGGGUCCUUUGGUGCCAGCUCUCUGUCCAGUCUAUAUGGGUGUGGUAGUCCUCAUCCAAUGGCUUUGGAUGCAACCAGCAGGACUUGCUCAUCUCUCUCCACCCCAACUACAUCCGCUGUUCCUUCUACGCCUUCUACUCCACAGUUUAUUGUUCCCCCCAGCCCACCUGCUUCUGCCACUCUGAGGCACUCCCUGAACCCACCCUCUGCCCCCAUGCCCAUCUCCCAGCGGUAUCGGCCAUACUCUGUCACCAGUUCCUGGGGAGCGUCUUCCCCAGUGAGUCCAGGUCACAGAGGAUUUAGUUUCCCUGGACCUCCUCCCAGCCUAACUGGGCCCUCUGUUCCUCCCAACACCCCUGUUCCUGCGACCCCUCUUAGUCCCCAAAUCCUCUCCUUGAGCUCGCCAAGCCCUCUCAACCAGUCCUCCUCUACAGCCCCUUUUGUGGUGCCGCCUUCUCCCAGAAUGAAUGCUCGACAGGCUGCCUUUGCUACCAGGAUUCCGUCAUCUAGUCCCUUGUCGUUCCUGUUUUUUGCACUUUCUGAUGUGUCUCAAGACAGCAAUGAUGAAGAUUCAGAGGAGGAGGAGGAGGAGGAUUUUGCACAGGUUCAGUUUGGGUCCAGUCUUGGUGCGUGUGGAGGGGGAAUGUCAAGUGAUUCAGCCAGUGAUCGCUUCACAAUUGAAGCGUGCAAAGAGACAGAGAUGCUGAACUACCUCAUUGAGCGUUUUGACUGUGUUGGCAUGGAGGAGAGGAAAGCUCCCAAGAUGUGCAGCCAACCAAAUGUCAGCCAGCUUCUCAGUAACAUUCGCUCUCAGUGUAUCUCUCAUGUUGCCCUGGUCCUGCAGGGGACCCUGACCCAGCCUCGAAGCCCCUUACAACCAUCUCUGCUGGUACCUUAUAUGCUGUGUCGGAACCUUCCAUUUGGCUUUAUUCAGGAGCUGGUGCGUAUUACCCAUCAGGAGGAGGAAGUGUUCAGACAGAUYUUCAUUCCCAUCCUCCAUGGGCUGGCCCUUGCUGUGAAAGAAUGUUCAUUUGACAGUGACAACUUUAAAUAUCCGCUCAUGGCAUUAGCGGAGCUUUGUGAAAUUAAGUUUGGAAAGACUCACCCUGUGUGCAACUUGAUAACAUCGCUGCCUCUAUGGUGUCCUAAACCUCUGAGCCUUGGUUGUGGUAGAGAGAUCCAGAGACUGUCCUAUCUCGGAGCGCCCUUUAGUCUUUCUGUAUUCGCUGAGGAUGAUACCAGAGUAGGAGACAAGUAUUUCUCUGGCCCAGCCAUCACCAUGGAGAACACACGAGUUGUCAGCCAGUCAUUGCAGCACUACCUGGAGUCAGCAAGGGGUGACCUGUUCAAAGUUCUCCACAAUAUUUUGCUGAAUGGAGAAACACGCGAGUUAGCUCUUAAUUACAUGGCAGCUCUAGUCAACUACAAUGUGAAGAAAGCUCAGAUGCAGACUGAUGACAAGUUGGUGUCAACAGAUGGCUUCAUGCUCAACUUCUUAUGGGUGCUGCAACAGCUGAGCAUGAAGAUCAAGCUGGAGACGGUGGACCCCUUCUACAUUUUCCAUCCACGGUGUCGCCUUGUUGUCAAUCUGGAAGAAACGCGACUGAAAGCCACCAUGGAGGAGCUCAAAGUCUGGAUGACUGAGCUGCAUGAAGAUCCAUCAAAGUUUUCAGAACCCAAGUUCCCCACCGAGUGUUUCUUCUUCACACUUCACACCCACCAUUUGUCCAUUCUGCCAAGCUGCCGGCGCUACAUCCGCAGAUUGCGUGCCAUUCGAGAACUCAACAGGACUGUAGAGGAGCUCAAAAACAGCGAGAGCCAAUGGAAAGACUCUCCCCUGGCUAGUCGACACAGAGAAAUGCUCAAACGAUGCAAAACCCAGCUGAAGAAACUGGUGCGAGCCAAAGCUUGCGCUGACGUGGGCCUUCUGGAUGAGAACCUGCUCCGCAGAUGUCUGCAGUUUUACAGCACAGUCAUUCAGCUCAUUCUUCGCAUGGUGGACCCUGCCUACCCCAACAUUGUGCUGCCAUUAAACCCAGAGAUUCCCAAAAGCUUUGCCGCUCUGCCCGAGUUUUACGUUGAAGAUGUGGCAGAGUUUCUGCUUUUUGUUGUGCAGUACUCACCCCAGGUUUUAUACGAGCCAUGUGUCCAGGACGUCGUCGCCUUCUUGGUGGUGUUCAUCUGCAGUCAGAACUACAUCAGGAACCCAUACCUCAUCGCCAAGUUGGUGGAGGUGCUGUUUGUCACCAACCCAGCCGUACAGCCUCGUACUCAGCGAUUCUCUGAAAUGAUGGAGAACCACCCAUUGUCUAUCAAACACCUGGUCCCUGCUCUCAUGAAGUUUUACACUGAUGUCGAGCAUACUGGUGCUACCAGUGAGUUCUAUGAUAAGUUCACUAUACGGUACCAUAUCAGCACCAUCUUCAAGAGUCUCUGGCAGAAUAUUGCCCACCAUGGCACCUUUAUGGAGGAGUUCAACUCUGGCAAGCAGUUUGUGCGCUACAUCAACAUGCUGAUUAAUGACACCACCUUCUUGCUGGAUGAGAGCCUUGAUUCCCUGAAGCGUAUUCAUGAAGUUCAAGAAGAGAUGAAGAACAAGGAGCACUGGGAUCAGCUGCCCAGGGAGCAGCAGCAGAGCCGGCAGUCCCAGCUGACUCAGGAUGAGCGAGUGUCUCGCUCCUAUCUAGCUCUGGCCACAGAAACGGUUGAAAUGUUCCACAUUCUCACCAAGCAGGUUCAGAARCCUUUCCUCAGGCCUGAGCUGGGGCCUCGUUUAGCUGCCAUGUUGAACUUUAACCUUCAGCAGCUCUGUGGGCCCAAGUGUCGGGACCUGAAGGUGGAGAACCCUGAGAAGUACGGCUUCGAGCCCAAGAAGCUGUUAGACCAGCUGACUGACAUCUACCUUCAGCUAGACUGUGCUCGCUUUGCUAAAGCUAUUGCAGAUGAUCAGCGAUCAUACAGCCGUGAACUGUUCGAGGAGGUGAUCUCAAAGAUGAGGAAGGCUGGUAUUAAGUCCUCUAUUGCCAUUGAGAAAUUCAAGCUGCUAUCAGAGAAGGUGGAGGAAAUAGUUGCUAAGAACUCCCAGUCUGAAAUGGACUACAGCGAUGCACCUGAUGAGUUUAAAGACCCUCUGAUGGACACCCUGAUGACCGACCCUGUGAUGCUGCCUUCGGGGAACAUCAUGGACAGAUCCAUCAUUUUGCGCCACCUGCUCAACUCCCCCACUGACCCCUUCAACAGGCAGCCACUCACAGAGAGCAUGCUGGAGCCAGUGCCUGAAUUAAAGGAGAGAAUCCAUGCCUGGAUGAGAGAGAAGCAGGGAGGACGACUUGUCUGAGGACUAACGUCAGUCAUGAAGCGAUCUGUCUAAAUUUCCCGCAUUCAAUGUCACAGCUACCAAUGAGAACAACUUUUUGAAACGGGGAAGUGGGGAGACGACUUGAUUGGAUUUUUAUUCGCAUUUAYCCUUUUUGUCUCAAACCAUUAUCAUGGUUCUAAAAGUGAAGCAUAAUAAAGUAAAGACUUUUAAGUUUUC